AUGAGUUCCAUAUGGGAAGGGAUCCACGAGCGGUUGCUUGUCAAGAGUGUGGACCAAAAUGGUAACAUAAGACCUGUGGGAGUCCUGGAUAAUGACUCGAUCCGACCAACUCCAACUAAAGACCGAAAAUGGACACGCCUCACAUACCUCUUCUUCUGGUUCUCGGCUACGGCCAAUGUGAGCAACUUGUACGCAUCAAGCACUGGCGUAUCCAUGGGAUUGACCAUGUGGGAGGCCAUCGCCUGCUCCUUUACCGGCCAGUUCCUCGCAGGUUGCCUAAUGGCUCUCAAUGGGCGGGCUGGCGCGAUGUAUCGAAUCCCCUUUCCAGUCCUAUGUCGUUCUAGCUUUGGUCCUUGGGGUGCCCUCUGGCCAACAUUCAACCGGGCAGUAAUGAGUAUAGUCUGGAACGGCGUCAAUGUCACACAAGGAGCUCAGUGUUUAUAUGUUUUCUUGCAUGCAAUCUUCCCAUCAAUCGCUCGUAUUCCUGAUAAGAUGGGACCAAAGUCUGCCUUGUCGUCUGCGCAGAUGAUAUGCUUUCUCGUUUACUGGCUUAUCAACUGCGCAUUCCUCGUGGUUCCUGUGCCUAAGAUGAAGAAGCUUAUCUACAUCAAAGUAGUAGUCUACUAUGGCGGCGCUUUUGCCAUGUUAGCUUGGGUAGUAUGCCUGGCUGGGGGUAACCCUCCUGCCAUUCACGAGCCCUCGACAGUUCAUGGGAGAGCCAAGAGCUGGCUUAUUUGCAAGUUCCUGUUUUUGGGGCUGGCCAGCUGCGGGACCUUCAUUUCCAAUGCCGCGGACCUCCAGCGGUACGCAAGGAAGCCUAGCGACGUGAUCCUAGCACAGGUCAUCAGCUUUCCGCUCUCGGGAUUACUAGUGGCUGUCAUCGGCAACAUCAUUGCUGGAUGUAGCAGAAGUAUAUUUGGAGAGCUGAUAUGGAAUCCCCUGACCUUCUUGGACAAGCUGAUGGAUGGAGAAAGAUACACGCCGGGCAACCGCGCUGCCUGUGCUUUCAUUUCAUUGGCUUUCGUGUACUCGACUGUGUUCUCCGCCAUUUUCGAGAACUCUAUUCCCGCUGGAAAUGACAUUGCAGCUUUACUUCCUCGUUACAUUACAGUCAAACGAGGGUUCUUUAUCUGUGCCAUCCUGUCCUUCGCUAUCUGCCCAUGGUACCUCCUCGCCACAGCAGCCGUAUUCAUUACCUUCCUCUCCUCGUAUCAAAUAUUUCUCUCUGCUAUCGCCGGUGUUCUGAUAUGCGACUACUACCUGAUCCGACGGGGAUGGCUUGAUAUUCCGGCAUUAUACACAGGACGUACCGAUGGCGUUUACUAUUUCUUCCACGGAUUUAAUCUCCGCGGCUUUGGUGCUUAUCUUGUGGCAGUUGCGCCAAACUUCUACGGUUUCCUUAACCAGAUGGGCGUCAAGGCACCCUUGGGUAUACAACGGUUUUACUUUGUCGCGUACCCUGUCGGCCUGCUUAUUGCAUUCGGCGUGUAUUACCUCGGAUGUGUCGUGUGGCCUCCUGCGGAAACCGAGAAGACGGGCGGGUGGAAAGAGCCAAAGGAAUACUGGGACGAAUUCGAUCCCGACCGAGUAGACGGAGUUGAGGCGGUGACGGUGCUGCCAGUGGUCGUCAAAGACGAGAACGGUGCUAAGACUGGGCUGGACAUCUUGAGCAAAUCUUGA